AUGGGUGAUGAAAACAAUGCCGUUGGAGAGAAAGGUAAGGCAGCGGAAGAACAUGAAGAACAUUAUAAAAGUGAAGGUGAGCCAUUGAGCAGGCAAGUGAGUGAGACUUCUAUCUAUGCAACUGAGGAGGAGGAGGAUGAAGUUGGAGCCAAGAUUGAAUUGGGUCCUCAGUGCACUAUUAAAGAGCACCUUGAGAAAGACAAGGAUGAUGAGAGUUUAAGGAGAUGGAAGGAACAACUCCUUGGGAGUGUGGAUGUGAACAGUGCUGCAGAAAUCCUGGAUCCUGAAGUGAAAAUUAGCAGUCUAUCUAUCGUCUCUCCUGAUAGAGAUGACAUUGUUCUUCCUAUUCCUGAAAAUGGAAAUCCAAAGGGUUUAUGGUUUACUCUUAAAGAAGGUAGUCAGUACCGUUUGAAAUUCACCUUCCAAGUGAACAAUAAUAUCGUGUCUGGCUUGAAAUACACCAAUACUGUCUGGAAGACUGGUGUCAAGGUGGACAGUGCAAAAGAGAUGCUUGGAACUUUCAGCCCCCAGGCUGAGCCUUACACACAUGAGAUGCCAGAAGAAACCACACCCUCUGGGCUAUUUGCAAGAGGAUCAUAUUCUGCAAGAUCAAAGUUUGUUGACGAUGACAACAAAUGCUACUUGGAGAUCAACUAUACUUUUGAUAUUAGGAGGGAGUGGGCUUAA